GCGAACGCACCGACUCCUCUCGAGGUGCCGAAUGAUUCGACGGAAAAAUCUCCGUACCGGCCGCGGCCAUCUCGAAGCGGCAACGCGAAGGCCUCCCCGAGUCCUCUCGAUGUGGCGAAUGACUCGACGGCGCAAAAAUCUCCGUACCGCCCUCGGCCAUCUCGAAGCGGCAAUGCGAAGGACGCGUCGUCUUCUCCCGUCGAACGGCCGUCAACGGGCGAGCCAACCCCCUCUCCCGGCGACUCCGGCGAGGCUCCGCUACAGCUAGGGUUCCUCGCCACCCUCUCCAAGUCGAAGAAAUGGACCGACGACGACCUGCCGGCGACGGACGCGCGACCCAAAUCCGCCGCCGUGAACACCUCCUCGUCGCACGUGUCGCACGCGUCGUCGCACGCGUCGCAAGGGCCGCGACCAAGGCUGACGCGAUCGAUCGCGUCGACCUCGCGCGCGCCGCCCGCAGAAGCAGCGAGCCCAGGUACAGGUUCGCACAAAGGAGGACCAACCCCCGGGUACGUGCACGGGCACACGCACGUGCGCAAACCGCGGCGCCUCGCAACCGCCGCGUCAGUGUCCGGAGCGGGAAGCAGGGCGGAAGGGGGAGGCGAGAUGGGGGAAGACGGGGGCGGCGGAACGCUCGCGGACAUAGGCAGGCGGGGGAAGGCCUCCGCGUCCGUUUCAUCCGCGGGUGAGAAGGGGGGGAGGAGGCGGGGAGACGAGGGCGGAGGCGCAGGGAGAAGCGGAAAACUAGGCGGAAAAGGAAGCAGGACUCUAACCCCCGUGAGCAGCGGCGCAAGCACCCCCUCUAGCAGCUUCAACGACAAUGGCAGCGAGGCAGGCAGCGUGCGCAGCAGAAGCACUUAUAGGUUCGCGCCGAACACGCCUCCGCAUGCGCUAGCGUCGGGGGUGCACCCGUCGUUUGCUAGUAACGAGCACGGGAUUCUCGCGGCUGCUGCAAUAGCAUCGGUGGGCGGGGCAGGGGGAGCAGGGGGAGCAGCAGCGGGGAGGGAGGCGGAAGGGAAGGGGUCCGGAAAAGAGGCGUUUAAGACUGAAUGGGAGGUGUUUAUGAGGCAGUCGGAAGGGAUAGUGGGGUUGCAUCUACUGGAAGGGCUGGCACCCAGAGGCUCUAAACGAAAGCAGAAUAAAAAGAAGGUGCUUGUAAGGAAGGUGAAGGAGGAGACGAAGAAGAUGGACUUUUGGGGGGAGGAGAGUGGGAGGGAAGAGGGGGAGGAGGGAGACGAGGGGGAGGAGGGGCCUGAGAAAGAGCGUAAGAGCUUUAAAGAAUUGGGGGAGCGGGCUAGGGGAGAGCGAGGGGGGAGGGAGGAAGGGCGGGUAAAGGGCAGGAGAGGGUACGGGGGGAGUAGGGCGGUGGCAGCAGCGGCAAUUCGUAAAGCUAGGUCCGGUGCUUCGUAUGGCGGGGAAGGGGAUGGGAAUGAGUUGAGUGGUGGUGAUGGGAGGGACAAUGGGGCAGGUGAAAAUAGCUCGUUUGCUGCUCUGGGCAGAGCAAAAAAUGCCCCAAGCCGUAGAGGCUGGGAAGACGAGGAUGACGGCUCGUUUAUUGCACUGGGAAAAGCGAGACUUGCUCGAGAGGGUUCGUCCAAUGACCUGGGCAGCUUGGAAAAUGAUUCUCUGACCCCGACGAAACCCCCUGGUUUACCAGAGGUUAAAAAAAGUUUGGAGGGGGAGGAGGAUUUGAGUAAGGUUGCAGGCGUGGCAAAGAAAUGGGUGAAGAAAGCAAAGGAUGAUAAGGCGAAAAAGGGGAAGGAUGGGGAGGGGGGAGAGAGUGAGGAUGAUGAGGAGGGGGCGAUUGUGAGUUAUGGGACACAGGUGAAAGACGCCAGAAGGGGUAUUGGGGUAUCCAAGGCUGAGGGAGUCGGUUGGGAGGGGUUGAAAGCGGCUGCAGGGACGAUAGGAGGAGGGUUUGGGGAGGAGAGUGGGGAGAAAGAAGCAGGGGGAGCGGGGGGUAAGGCCCGCCCCAAGACCCCCCCCCUUAGCUCGUCACUUGGUGGUGGUAAUUUGAAAGCUCCUCCUGCUCCCCCUCCCCCGCCCCCGCCACCCCCUGGGGGCAAAGGUCCUCCGCCCCCCCCUCCCCCUCCCCUUCCCCCGGGCGCCAAGGGUCCCCCUCCCCCGCCCCCGCCAUCAGGCUCCAAAGGCCCCCCUCCGCCUCCCCCUCCCCCUGGGCGGAAGGGCCCCCCUCCCCCCCCGCCUCCCCCAGGCGCUAAGGGGCCGGGGCCUCCCCCUCCCCCGCCCCCCCCAGGGGGCAAGGGCGAAGCUCCCCCUCCGCUCCCGCCUGGGUUCAAGGGGAAGGGUCCGCCUCCUGGGGGACCGUUUGGGGGGGGGAGGCGCGCGCUGGUGGACUGGGGGGGCGUGACAAACGCGGAUGGCACCAUCUGGGCCUCAGAGCUUGACUUUGAUGUCGAUAUUGGGGAGUUGAAGAAGCAGUUUGAGCCCAAGGUGGCGGCUCCUUCCUUCCUUACCCCUUCUCCACCCCCUCUUUCCCGUUGUCAAUGCUCAGAGCUUGACUUUGAUAUCGAUAUUGGCGAGUUGAAGAAGCAGUUUGAGCCCAAGGCAGCUGCUCCUUUCAAGAAGGCAGAGCAGCCUGUGAAGAAACAAGUCAUUCGAAUUAUCGACAUGGCCAAGUCGAGGAACGUGGAGAUCUCCCUUCGAAGCAUGAAGCUCCAUCCGCACGACCUCGUGUAA